ACGAAAUGGGAAAGGAAGCAUUGACUUACUGGGUUCUGCCUGGAUGUUCUUUGUAACACUCACUUGAUUGAAUAGUUUCAGUGUGAAGAGUUGGAUCUGCGAAUGGGGAAGGUCUGGUACAGGCAGUAUUUCUGGCUGCUUUUGUUUGCUGGGAUUAUUCUUUUUACUGGUAUUUUCAGCCUCAUUACAGUUUGCAUUUGUCUAAAAAAAAAAUCAAAACGUAUAUCUUUACAGAACCAACAGUCUUUCAAACAAAAGAAAAGGGAGGACCAACAUGAACACCCAGUCACUUUCAUACAAAACACAUCUCAUGAAUCAUUUUUGCCUAAAAUUUUACCAGAGCAAGAAACAGAGCCUAUUACACUUCCCCGCAACAUGUAUGCGAUGAGCAUGGGGGGCUGGCCUGGGGACAGGGGCCACUCCAAAGUUCUUAAAAAAGCUGAAGGGACUUGGACCGGCCCACUCGCGGGGGUGGGAACACCGCAUUACGUGAGCCUGCAGCAAAAGGCCAACUGCUUGCACAAUGUGCAGGAAAGGGAUAAUGCAACUGAAAAGACGGAAGAUACAAAAUCUGAGAGUCAUUAUUAUGUAGAAAGCAUGACAGACCAUGAAUAUAUUGUUUUUGAUGAUUGUGAAACAAAUACAGAACAUCUUCAGUAUGAUUACGUAAUACCAGACAGUUCCAGUGAUGAUGAUGAUUAUGAUGAUGUGGUGAUACCCCAUGAAUAUAUGAAACGUGAAUAGUGAAUUUGGAAAGAUAGGGGUAUGCAUGCAUACAUCUGUUAAUUGUAAACUAUGGGCAAUCCUUUUGGAUUAUAAAAAUGUACAUCAUAUUUAUUAUAUGUUGCUGUUGCUUUUCCUGAUUUUUUUAUUUUAUUUGUUAAACAUAUUUCCAGUAAACAUUAAAGCAUUAAAAAGCA